UAAAUGGUUUCCUAGAAGUCAGGGUUCCAAUUAGUCCAUGGAGUUUAUAUGUGAGUGUGUGACUGCUGACUACCCUACCAGCAUGAAUUUACACACUGGUCCAUGUUGGUUAGUGCUGGUUUGGUGAUUAGAUUGCUCCGUUUGGGUUCAUUCUGUCUUGCCCUCUCCAAUUCUCCAGGUAACGGUACAGGGCAGAACGUAUCUGAGAAUGAAAAUGAUACGACAGUAGUCCCAAGAGGUGAGGAGGAGGAUAAUCUUCAGAUGAAUGGCUGGCCCAUCUGCAAAGAUCAAGACGAGAUGCUGAACCUGGCCUUCACCAUUGGCUCCUUCCUCCUCAGUGCCAUCACUCUGCCCCUCGGCAUCAUCAUGGACAAAUACGGGCCGCGCAAAUUAAGGCUGCUCGGCAGUGCCUCGUUUGCCCUCUCCUGCAUCCUGAUUGCAUAUGGAGCAAGUGACCCUAGAAAUCUUUCCAUCCUGAUCUUCUUUGCCCUGGCGCUGAAUGGAUUUGGAGGAAUGUGCAUGACCUUCACCUCGCUCACAGUAAGUGCUCAUGUCAUAUUUGUGGGUCUUCAUGGGUGUCCUCUGCAGUCUUUUGCACAAAGGCCAUGGCGCAGUCUCGCAAACUGCCCUCAUGCCACU